GCUAUUCCACUUUGACUGCUUUCUGGUUGCAUUCUGAGCCUUGUAGUCCAGUGAGGCCUAAAAGCUCCUUGGCUGAGCGUUCUAAGCGCCCUCCCUUGGACUACAAAACCCAGCAUGCAACGGGAGGCAGCCAUUGCCGUCCAAGGGGUCUAGUAAACACUCUAAGGGAGGACGCCUUGAAGGCGGAACGGAAGUUCUGAGGGAAGGGAGCGAGGGGGAAGGCGUCCAGCGACGGACCUGGUCCCCCAUGUUUUAAAUCUUGAGUCUCAGGAGGCGAGGAAGGCCAUCCAUAGACAGAGGGGAAAGGAGCCCCAUUGAAGUGAAUGAUGAUAAGCUAGGUGAAUGACUUCAAGUUCCUACAUAAGCCUGCAUUGUUUACUUUCCUAAUGGAAGAGGCUCCCAAACCCACGUUCCAGGAUGAACUGGAAUGGUGUAUCUCCCAGCUGGAGACUGGACUUCUGCGUCUCAACCCUACUCCAAAACAAGCAGCAGAGGAGACUCAUCACAUUCUUGGGGUGCUGCGUUCACAGAAGGCUCCUCUUGUAAAAAAGCGGCAGGUGAUGCAUCAGGUUUUUGGGGACUACCGGCUCAAGAUGGAAGAGGAGAGGAAGAGAGCAGCAAAACUAGCCAUGAAGAGUGAAAAGUUACAAAUACAACCAGGAGACAUUUUGGGCACUGUGUCAUGUAAGGAACAGUCCAGCCGCCCCUCUGCAGUAUCAACAUCAUGGUUUACACCAUCAGAUAAUAGCUUUCAAUUUGGCUUUGUUCUUUCUGAAAAGAACUCUGAAGAAAUCAAUGGAGCCAUGACAGAAACAUGUAGUGGGGAUGAUAUCAAAGAGCAACCUGCUGGUCACAGUCCCUCUGGCAUGUUGGGCUUUUCCACUGGAAGACUCAAUUCUGAAUUUGCUUUCAACUUUGCAAUCCCGCAUCAAUCUGUUGCUUCUGAUCCAGGCUCAGAAGCUAAAGCAAAAGCAGAUGCAGAGAUAGAUGCCCCAACUACAGAAGCAGUGGUGAUGCUGGAGAAAUCAACCAUUUCAAAACCUGAUAAAUCAGAUGUGAUGGAUGAGGAAGCCGGAAGGGAUGGCAGAUAUCUUAUGCAAGGAGUUCCUAAAUUGGAAGCAGCCCAAGAAGUAGAAACUAAGCAAGCGGAGCUGACAGUGACAGAUGAUGGGUUGAAGAAGAGGAAGAGGAAGAAGAAAAAGAAACCAUUACUUUCAGAGACAGUAGACAGUGGCAGUAUAAAUGAUGUUGGCAAAUCCCAUGGGGAAGUUAUGACUGAACAUCCUGAGACGUGUCAGUCAGAUGACCAGAUGAAAAAGGAAGUGGAUUGGUGUAUAGAACAGCUGGAGCUUGGCCUGAAGACUCAGAAAUCAACUUCGAAGCAGAUGGGUGAGGCAUUCCGGGCCAUCAAGAUUCUCCGCAGCGAGAAAGCAGUGCUGGCAAAGAAACGCCAACUUAUGCGAACGAUGUUUGGUGAUUAUAGAGCAAAAAUGGCAGAGGAAAGACGGAAGCAGUUGAAGCUCAUGCAAGCAGCCUCAAAAGCAGCUCAUAUAGCAGAAGUGACUGAAGAUGCCCACAGGAAUAGAAGUCGGGUUUUCUGGAAGUCUGCAGAAAGGAUGAGAAGAGACAAGAGUCCUGGAGAUUCCUUUCUCCAUCCUCCUACCUCCUCUGCUCUUGCUGGCACAGCUAACUCAUCUUCUUUCAGACUCCUGCUUUCUCCAGUCAGCCCUUUGUAUCCAUGGCUUCAACUAUGCACAGCCUGAAAAUGCUCAAAAGAUAAUAUAAAUUCCAAAAGCUAUUUUGUAUAAAGGAAACCAUUUGACCAUGCCACUGUUCUUAAUGGGACUUCAGCAUCCAUGGAUUUUGGUGUCCACCAGGGAUCCAGGAACUAAACACCAGCAGAUUCUAAAGGCCCACUGUAUACAUAAAACAGACACACAGAUUGCCAGUUGACGAUAGGAGACAGUAACCUGGCCUGUUCUUUUGCUUUGGAAACACCUUACUCUGCAGAAAUCAGCACAGCGAAGCAGAUCACUAAGCAUAGAGCAAUGCUUAGAGUCUUGGGCUGGAACUUCAGAGCUAGGUGGCUUUCAGCCAGUUGCUCUCUCUCAGCCUGGCCUAUAUCUAAGGGUUGUGAGAAUAAAGGGAAGGAAAAGGAAAUGUAUACUACUUUGAGCUCUUUGCUGGAUAUGAAUGUUAACUAAAUAAUAAUAACAACAGUCACUUCUAAUUCAAGUACCACCAGCUUGUUUUGAUAAUUUGUGUAGAACAAGCUGAUGAGUCUACCUCAUGCACAACAAGGCCUGAACCUUUACAGCUGUUUAGAGAAGUAGUUUGGCACUGAACAAAACUGUGGCCUAAUAAAAUUCCCACAGUUUGUGAGACAUGUAUAUGCAUAUGUAUUUAACCUAGUGGAACUUUAGAUUAAGCCAAUGCCUUGUCUAGGGCUGUAAUGCAAUACACACUUGCUCAGUAGUAAAUCCCACUGAACUCUGGUUCUUAUUUUUAAAUGAACAUGCUUAAGAUAAUGCUGAAAUUUUUUAGAUGGAUUUGGGGAAGGUGCAUUUGCUAGAAUGGAGUGAGACAAAUGUUAUACAGCGUGCCCGGACCAUACGCAGAGUGUACUAUACGCGGCUUCAAGCUUACUCUGAAGCUGUGUGUCAAUAAAACAUAUGGCACAUGCACCUGUGGCAUGCACUCUGCGUGGUGCUGCAAGCAAGCGCCCUGUUGUUUUCAAUGGGGCAUGAACAUACGCUGAAUUCCCCUUAUGUGGGAGGAUCCAGAACGGAUCCCCCCGCGUAAGAGAAGGGCCCCUGUAGUUUCAUAGCAGUGCUUUUAGCAACAGUGACAUAUGCAAGCAUUAGCAAGUGGUGCUUAUCUCCCUGCAAUGAAAAGCUUCAUCUGCUGCUGAAGUUUCUGUUAAACAAGUUGUCAAUUGACAGCCCUCAGUUGAGCACUAGCUGCCAUUGUCUCUCCUAAGUAACUAUUGAAAGAACAGUGGGCUCAGUUCAAGUCUGACUCUUGGUUAAUAGGUUAAUUCUAUACAGCAGUGCUCUGCUGUGCAUAAGAACCCUAGCAUGCUGGAUUUUUUUUAACCAUGCAUGGAAAGAUGCCAUAAAUAUCAAAUUGCUUCCAAGUGUGGCAUGUGUGUCAAGAUCUGUCACAGGAUUGACAGUCCAUAAUGGACAGGAGAACUUUUUUUAAAAAAGCUUUAAAUGGUUUGGUUUAUUGAGAAAAUGAAUAUGAAAUACAGUUUAUGAAAUAAACAAGGUUUACAAAUGAACUAACAUCGUUGCAAAACUUUCACACAAUGUACUGUAUAUAAUCAGUUAAUAUCCUCCAAAGCUAAUAUCUGCCUUGUCUAAAUGUAUUAUUCCAGAUACAACCAUGAGUGAUUGGGGCUUGUUUUCUUGGGGGUGAUGAGUAAAAGUGAACCAAGUUUCUGUAACGUUA